ACUGCACUCGUCCGCCAUUCUUUAUGUUUUCGCGAUUCUUUUUUAAAGUUCGCGAUUUGUAAUCUCAUUGCGUGUGAAAUGAAAUAAUUUUGAAUUUGGAAUGUAUUAUUUUUUUAAUUUACAUAGUGAUGUGUUGUGAUUUUGCAUAGUGCCCAGUGUUGUGACAUUUCGAAAGCUGUUUAUUAGGCAUCGAUUGAUUUCAGAUGGACAAAAAACAAUGUACCACAGGGAGAGGCGAAAGAUGAAGUAUCUCUUCAUAUUUGCAUCGUUAAUCCUUGUUCAGUCAGCCAUCUGCAAGUCUAUAGAGAUAACAGGUGUUCCCGUUGGGCCCACUGAUGAUGACUUAGAUAACAACAUCAUAGAUUUCGACGAAGACUACACCAUUAAAUUUAACAAGAAGUACGGAUCUGUUCCAUGGCAUACAAAUGACAAAUUCAACAAAGAUACUCACAAAUACACUGUCGUUAAAGAGAAUACUUUAAGUACAUACGAUAAAAGUCCAAAAGAAAUUGUCGAGGAUACAACGCCAAGCGAAAAUCUAGGUGUCAUACCACUAGAAUUAAUAAGUACAACAGAGAAUGCUCUACUAAGUAUCAUAGAAAGUACUACUGCAGUUGAUUUAACAGUUAUUCCUUUAUCUAAUACAAAAAGAACAGUUCCUUUUAUUGAGAUUGCACAAACAGUGACAUUACCAUCAUCGACACAAUCGACUGAAACAUCAACAGACAGUUUCUACAUAACAACAGAAAAUGAUGACAAAGCUAUUACAAUUAGUGAAAAUAGUGAAACAACCACGACAAAAAGAGACGUAGCUAUUCAACUAAAAGAAAUUGAAGCUUUAAAUAAAGAAAUAGAGCAAAAAACUCAAGUUAAAUUUGAAGUGGAGUCUACUAGUAUAACCACCGACGUAGCUGUUACUAAAACUCUCGAGUUCAAGUUUGAACCUAAAAAUAUAACAGAUAAUUCUGCAUCUGUUAGUAUUCCAGAAAAGGAAACCACAGUAUCAAAAACUGAAACAAAGAUAAAUGAAACAAAUUCAAAAGAAAUUCAAACAAUUGCCAAUAUUCAAAAUUCGUCAAAAAUCGAUUUAAUGAUUUCAACACCGAAUAAGACAACAGUCGACGAAGAAAAUUAUAAAACCAAAGAAAAUAAAAGCAACAUAAUCACAGCAAGCAACAAAUCAAGCGUAGAUGAAAUAUUUACCACAAAUUCUAAGAUAGAAACAGAAAUUAAUUCAGAUUGGGAAAUAGAUUCAAAAGAAGACGUAAUACCUUAUACUGGACUUGACUCUGAGGAAGUGCCUGAAGAUUAUUAUGAUGCUAAAGACGUGGUACCCACCACCGCUCCGAAAACUGAUGCGUUGUCAGUAAUAUUUGGUCUAGCCGGUAGUAUGGUGGAGAGCGUGGUUGAAAGUGUGGCGGAAAGAGUGGUGCCUAAAGGAAUUUAUGAUCUCUUUAAAAGGAUGCAGAAGCAAAGUGAGGCGUUGGAGGCUGAAAGAUUGAGGAGUCGAGAAGAGAAUGGAGGAUUAGGGCAAUUUGGCCGCGGUAUACUUAAAAGUAUCUCAACUGGUCUCAGCAAGCCUCUGAGCCAGCUGAUGGCGGGGGUCAAAGACAUUGGUUCGCUGGAUUCUGAUCGAGGUUUCGUCUCUAGCCUUGCUUCAGGAGUGACCAGUGUAGCCAGCGCUGCCAAUUCGUUGGCCGAUAUGUUUAAGGAUCGCGUACAGGCUAUUUACCCUGGCACAGUAUGGUGCGGCGAUGGGCACUCUGCGCAGGCGCGUUCCAACAGUGAACUAGGCCUUUUCUUCUUCACGGACACCUGCUGUCGUCAGCACGAUGCCUGCAAGAUCUAUAUCAAGUCAGGUGAAACCAAGUAUGGUCUCACCAAUACUGGGUUAUUCACCAGGUCCCACUGCAGCUGCGAUGUAAAGUUCAAAGAGUGCUUGCGCAAGACCAACUCACUGGUUUCAGCCCAGAUUGGGCUCACCUACUUUAACGUGCUGGGACCUCAGUGCUUUCGCAAGGCGCAUCCCAUCGUCAAAUGUGUCAAAAAGACCAGGAUAACCGGUCAGAAGUGCGAGGAGUACGAGCUGGACUACACGAAGCCGAAGAUGUGGCAGUGGUUUGACAACGAGACUUUCUGACAGCCGCGCUGCAGGCACUCGAUGAAAACUUACAUUUUCAUAACUACUUAACCUUGACCUAGCGAUGAGAUUAUGAAGUUUAACUUUAAGACUUGCUUGUAUAUUUAACAACGUGAUAAAAUUUCGUCAUAAUCAUCAUGAAACCAUUAUACGUCCCAUUGCAGGGCGUGGGUCUCCUUUGACCAUGCGGCUUAGGGACUUUACACGUUUCUAAAUGGUUGUGAUACGUUUUAUAUUGUUGUUGUCCUUCAUUUUUAGUGACAAAUAUAACUUCUAAACAUUCAAAAAUGUGCGCAACUUAGACAUUGACGUCAUGCGCACACCAUUCGAACUGUUGACAUUUCAAUUGAGAACCAAUCGUCCUCUCAAUGGCAAUUUCAUGGUGUUGUCAUCUCUGACGUCCCGGGUUCAAUCCCCGGCCGGCUCAAUGUAGAAAUCCCGGAGAAAUACCGGAAAAUGCGCUUAUCCGGAUUCUUCCCCUAGUUCGCUACUGUACGGGACUUGACACAGGAGAUAAUAAAAAUCGGUUCUCACUACACAAAGUAUGUUGAGAGAAAAAAACGCCUUGAAUUGGAGAAUAGCAAAAUCAACC